GACGUCACGUGCCCCAUGCGGAAGUAGCUGUCGGUUCAGAGCUGUAGGACGAAGAAUGCGACGUGAGGAAAAAGCCACGAAGUGCUUUGAAAAACAAAAGAAAAAGAAACACUCCUUGUAAACCUGUUUUUAUUUGAGAAGUCAUGAGGACGGUGUUCGUAACCGUCGGCACCACGAGCUUCGAUGACCUCAUCGGAAGCAUCACGUGUCCGCAGAACGUACAGGCCUUAAAGGCUCGUGGAUAUGAGCGUCUGGUUCUUCAGACUGGAAGAGGCUCUAUUGUUCCAGCGGCUGACAGCUGUCCAGAUGUCAGACUGGAGGCCUAUCGGUUCAAAGACUCUAUAGCAGAAGACAUCAAGCAGGCUGACCUCGUCAUCAGCCAUGCAGGAGCAGGAAGCUGUUUGGAGGCGCUUGAGGCAGGUAAACCUCUGCUGGUGGUCGUCAAUGACAAGCUGAUGAACAACCACCAACUGGAGAUGGCCAGACAGCUGCACAAGGACUCCCACUUGUUGUACUGCACCUGCAGCACUCUGACAGAAACCCUGAGGACGAUGGAUCUCUCUGUUCUGCAGCCCUUCUUGCCCGGACAGCCCAAGAAUUUCGCAAAUUUCCUUGACAAAGCCCUCGGUAUUUAGAGAUACUUUUAUUUUCGUUGUUGUUUUUCUGUUAAAGUGAUGCUUGAUGGUCUUUUAGAAUAUUAUGUCUUAAUAGAUAUAAUUAUUUAUUAUAAUUGUACAGCACAUCUGACACUAUUUUCGUAUGCAAUAAUAAUAUAUCUAUUAUUUCAAAUCAUGUGUCGUGUGAAUUACUUGAAUAUUCUAGAUUUUGUUUUUAUUUAUAUAUAUAUAUAUAUAUAUAUUAUAUUAUAUUUAUCUUCAUUUUUAUAUGUAGCCUAUAUUAAUAUUGAUUUUUUUUGUUUGUUUUCGACUUAUUUAUAAGGCAAACUAAAAGACAUUUGGCAUCACAGAAAGGAUGGUUGUAUUUGUUCUUGCCACUAGGUGAGACGUACCAGCACGUAAACCCCAACUUCUUCUAUUCCAAACUGCAAACAACACACGCAGACAGUUGGUAGCUUUUUGUUUGCUUUGUCUUGAGCCAUUUUUAAGGGUAGUUGUUGAUGUUCUAGGUAGAAUCUAACUACGUAUAUUUAUAUGCCAUGACUACCUUUUUCUUCCCUCUCAAGUCUACUCUCAAUCUGCUGAAAAGCUGGAGCAGCAAGCUUGAGUAAGUAGGCUGAAUAAGAGGGUGUUGAACGCCGUAGCCUGCAGGAAACUGGUAAAUAUUGUAUUUACGUGCACAUGUACAUGAUCACUGCUGAUUCAUCAUUUUUUCAGUCAGUUUCUUCACAUGAAGAGGUUUUGUUCAACAGGAAAUGAUGGGUUAAAGGCAGCAUGUAUGGUAGUUUGGCUUCUCAAAGUCUGUGAGUCAGAGCUGGAAACAUUUUGGUCCACAUUCUAUUACUGAGACAGAAUGUUUUGGCUUUGCUGACCAGAUUUGUUGACCAGAUUUAAAAACCGGUUAAUGCUUCUGGUACAACAGGUUAACAGCCCAGUUGCUCCAGCAUUUAAUAAUGGUACAGUGUGGUGUUAUUUUCCUGUUUCCCUGUCGAUUGGAUGUCAGGUAGCUUGAUGAAGACAAUAAUCUCUCACAUCCCUGUCACCAAAAAACAAAGUAGCGUACUUCCUUCUUAGGAAAGUCCCGUCUGUCUUGUUUCUUGGAGAAUUUCUGUGCACUAAGUGAGGCACGGCAGCUCUCAGAGUGUGGAUGCACCAGCCAGCUGUCAAUGCUAUUUCAAAAGAGGUAAGGCAAAACUACCCCAUUGAAAUACCAUUAUGCUUGAAUGUUGAUACUGAAAGGUCAGCAGUAUCAUUUUAAGUCUGGCCAGGGCUCUGAACAAACCACUAAAUUGGCUCCGGCACAAUUAAUAACACUCCAGUGUUGUCAUUUUUCAAGUCAAUAUCUCUUUUGAAUAUUUUAUAUCUAAAACGAAACUGUUUUUUACAAUCAAUUACACGUUUCCUUUUUUCAGCUUCUCAAAUGUGACGAUUUAAUUUUUAAAACAAAUCCCUGACCGAGGAAGCCUCGUAUUGCAGUUAUCCGUUUGGUGUUCUCCCCUCAAUCAAUUAGGACAGUGGCUAAGUGGUUUAGACCGGUUCUGCCUGCCGCUCCAUAUGAUUCACAUGAUGUUUGUGCAAACUGCAUGUUGAUCUAAUAGAAAUGGACAAUCAAGGCCUGUGUCACUUGUUUUCCCCAGAGCUUCUCAGUCAGCUUUGGUUUUACUCAAGUUUGUUCCGUUUGGAGCAUUUGGGAAGUCACUAUGAAGCUUUAUGAUUAAAUGAGCACAUUAAUUAAGUACUUAAUGUUGAACUCAAACUCAUCAACCACAUUUGUUUUCAUUUCCACUUUCACAAGACAGAAGUUUCCACAGAACGGAGCAUAAUCUCAAAAAGAAAAUGUAAAUUUCGUCAAAUUGGGGAACUACAUUAGUAGUUAGUGGUAGUUCUGUAACAAUUCGAAAAAUUAUGUAUGCACGCUUAACACAUGCCGAUUGUCUUCAGCAGCAGUUGGUAAGAAAGUAAAAAAAACACAAAGUAAUUGAUGGGGAGAGAGAACAACCUGAUUUUGAAGCAAUUGAAUUCCGAAAUGACUGAUAAAGAACAAACGUCCCAUUCUUCAAGACGAGACAAGACUGAAUAAGUCCACACAAAAUGUUACAAUUGUGUCAAAGCAAGCCUGGCUGUAGUGGUUGGCUGUGGACAUCUCAGUUAAUCAAUGCUUGUUGUGUUUACUUUAGGACACGAACAUCAAUGAUACUUGUUGUCUUUGCCUUUGUGACGUUGUAAAAUCUUGAUGUAUGACAGCAUGAUAGUUUAGAUUAAACCGUCUCGGGUUAGAUGACUUUGAUGCAAACGUAUCAUUGUCAUCUAAGAGAGCUAUGCUUUAUUUACAAUUAAGUGCCUUGUAAGUUGUUGUGACAUUCUUUCUUUAAUGUAAGAUGAGUAAAAUUAGACCAUGUGCUAUAGCAUUACUAUGACAUAGUAAAAUGUUUUUUAUGUGAUACUGAAGAAAAUUUAUUGAAUGUUGGGGGAGAAAAAGUAUAGGACUCCUUGUAUUUCCUUUGCAGAGUCCUUUCAAGAUUUUGCUUGAUUGUAAGUAGUAUGGCUCACCCACACCCUAAAACACUCCCAGAAACGACCAAUACGCGUAUGACUUAUGUGGUAAAGUCACAUGCCAUCUGAUACAAACUGUGUCCAUCCCACCCAGCAGGAUUAUUCGGAUGAUUUUAUGAUCUGUGUUCCAGAUUUCACGGCCUUUCUGGGUUCGACCACUCGUAUCAUAACAAAUAAAAUGAACACAACUCUGCUUUGUGAGACUGUUGUUAACUUUUUCCACAUUUCCUCAAUGUAAAGGCCAAGUAUGUUCUAGCAAAACAAAAAAAAAUAAACUGGCAUAAAAUAAAAAAGGGUAAAUCUAUCCUCCGAGA